UGCCAGGGUGUUGUGGGUGGUCACUAAGACAUUUCCAGGUGGUUGUUUUCAUAGUUUUAGUAGAACAAAUGUAACACAAUCUUUUAUUUUGUUCUGAAUCCAUCAGAACAGCCAAUCAGAAUCUCAGAACUGUUAAAUCCUCUAUGACACCAUGAUUUGUGGAGUCAGUCCACAGCGACCAGUUUCAUUGGUUAAACAGGAGGAAUAGAGCUUGUGAUUGGCUGAGGAUAUAAUGAUGUCAUCUUAGAGGCAAUAAACUAAAUUUAAAAAGUAUGACAUAACUCCAUUGACCUCCUAGUGCGCUAAAACCUAGUGCGCUACCUAGUCAGCUUCUUCUGCGUUGCAUGUAUUCUUUGCUGAUAGUCCAGAAUGCAUUACAACACACUGGUACAAGUCUUUUAACUCCAGAGUGUCUAACUGGCACAAAGAGAGAUGAUUUGUUCCUGUAUUAGCAGCCGUGUCAAACGAACUGAAAUAGUUUGUCGUAGUUAGAGCUGCUGAAUUUAUUAAACACAGGAAGCUUGAGGACGAAUAAUGAAUGUAUGAAUUACAGAUCAAUGUGAAGCAUUAAAUUCAUAUCUGGAGCUGCACUGAACUCAUUACUGAAUUAUUGAACGGCUCCGUUUUCUUGUUUCUGAUUCAUGCUUGAUCUUGUAUCUGAGCGUUAGAUUGUUAUAUAUCAUGCUGAUGUCACUCUUUAAAAUGAUUCAUGCUGUAGUUUUUUAGGUUAUGGUACAGUGUAGUUGGAUGUAUGCCAUGUUAUCUACUAAAAUACAUGUAGGGAGGAAGUCAUUAAAGCAGAAGUGUACAUGCAAAUUCAAUCGGAUCACUUUAUUCUCUGUUAGACGUGUGUACAUGCAUUUCACGCAUCAGUUCAGCCCCAUAAUUCAACAUUCGUGACAUUUAAUGUUGGAUAUUAUUGAAAUCAUAGCGCAGGUCUUUUGUUUUGCUGCAUGGGUAGCGUCUGGACUCAUCGUCUCCCCUGAGAUCUGGCGUUUGCAUUUCCUGUGGAAUGUCGUGAAUGCAGCGCGGGACUCUUGUGUUGGCGGUGCGUCUCGUGCUGAUGGGAGCUGCUGCACCAUCAUGAGUUGCCAUGACGCCGGAGGGCGUCGCCGUUACGAGGACUCGGAGUUCACGUUGCGCGUGUAUCCCGGAGCGUUGUCCGAGGGCACCAUCUACUGCCCCGUCACCGCGCGAAAGGUCACGUCGGCGGCGGAGGUCAUCGAGCAGCUCAUCGAGCGGCUGCAGCUGGACCGGUCGCGGCUCUACGUGCUCGCUGAGGUCAAGGAGUUCGGAGGGGAGGAAUGGAUCCUGAACCCGUGCGACUGUCCCGUGCAGCGCAUGAUGCUGUGGCCCCGCAUGGCGCUGGAGAACCGGCUCGGCGGCGAGGAUUACCGCUUCCUCCUGCGGGAGAAGAACCUGGACGGAUCCAUCCACUACGGAAGCCUACAGAUGUGGUUGCGGGUGACGGAGGAGCGGAGACGGAUGGUGGAGCGCGGACUUCUCCCGCAGCCUCCCGCCGGACAGUAUGUGGCCGACCUCUGUGCCCUCCCGGAUCUAAACGAGCGGACUCUGCUCGAGAACCUGCGCGGACGCUUUCGGCAGGAAAAGAUUUACACCUACGUCGGCGGGAUCCUGAUUGUCGUCAAUCCCUUCAAGUUCCUGCCCAUUUACAACCCGAAAUAUGUCAAAAUGUACGAUAAGCAUCAGCUGGGGAAGCUGGAGCCGCACAUUUACGCGGUGGCGGAUGCGGCGUAUCACGCAAUGCUCCAGAGGAAGAAGAACCAGUGCAUUGUGAUCUCUGGGGAGAGCGGAUCAGGAAAGACCCAGAGCACCAACUUCCUGAUCCAUCACCUGACGGCGCUCAGCCAGAAGGGCUUCGCCAGCGGCGUGGAGCAGAUCAUACUCGGAGCCGGACCGGUUCUGGAGGCUUUUGGAAACGCCAAAACAGCCCAUAAUAAUAAUUCCAGCCGCUUCGGCAAGUUCAUUCAAGUCAACUACCAGGAGAGCGGGACCGUCAGAGGAGCGUAUGUGGAGAAGUAUCUUCUGGAAAAAUCCCGGCUGGUUUAUCAGGAGCACAACGAGAGGAACUAUCACGUGUUUUAUUACCUGCUGGCUGGAGCGAGUGAAGAAGAGAGAAAAUCAUUCCAUCUUCUCCAGCCGGAGGAGUAUCAUUACCUGAACCAGAUAACAAAGAAAGUCCACAGACAGCACUGGGGGAAUUACUAUGAGACGGAGCUGGACUGUUUCACGGUGGAAGGUGAAGAUCUGAAGCAUGACUUCGAGCGACUCCAGCUGGCCAUGGAGAUGGUGGGAUUCCUUCCGGCCACCAGAAAGCAAAUCUUUUCUUUACUGUCUGCGAUCCUUCACCUGGGGAAUAUCCGGUACAAGAAGAAGACGUACCGGGACGACUCCAUCGAUAUCUGCAACCCGGAGGUGCUUCCUAUCGUCUCCGAACUCCUGGAGGUGAAGGAGGAGAUGCUUUUUGAGGCUCUGACGACACGAAAAACUGUGACGGUGGGAGAGAGACUGAUUGUGCCGUACAAACUAGCAGAGGCGGGGACGGUGAGGGACUCGAUGGCGAAGUCUCUGUACGGCGCUCUGUUCGACUGGAUCGUCUUCCGCACCAAUCACGCGCUGCUCUACAACAAAGACCUGGAGGAUUCGGCCAAGAUCCUGUCCAUCGGGGUGCUGGACAUCUUCGGCUUCGAGGACUACGAGAACAACAGCUUCGAGCAGUUCUGCAUCAACUUCGCCAACGAGACGCUGCAGCAUUACUUCAACCAGCAUAUCUUCAAACUAGAGCAGGAGGAGUAUCGGUCGGAGGGCAUCAGCUGGCACAUGAUCGACUAUAUCGACAACACAGCCUGCAUCAACCUCAUCAGUAAGAAACCCACGGCGCUGCUCCACCUGCUGGACGAAGAGUGCAAUUUUCCGCAGGCGUCUAAUCAAACUCUGCUGGACAAGUUUAAGCGUCAACACGAGGGAAGCGGCUACAUCGAGUUUCCUGCCGUCAUGGAGCCGGCGUUCAUCAUCCGCCACUACGCCGGGAAGGUGAAAUACGGCGUCAAGGAUUUCAGGGAGAAGAACACGGAUCACAUGCGUCCGGAUAUCGUGGCUCUGCUGAAGAGCAGCCGCAACGCUUUCAUCUGCAGCCUGAUGGGAAUCGAUCCCGUGGCCACCUUCCGCUGGGCCGUCAUCCGGGCGUAUUUCAGAGCGCUCGUCGCCUUUCGAGAGGCUGGGAAACGACACACGGAGAAGAAGAGCACGACGGGCUCUGAUGGUCCAGUUCAGCAUCAGAAGAGUGUGGACAGCUUCAGUUUCCUGCAUCAUCCUGUUCACCAGCGGAGCCUUGAGAUCCUGCAGCGAUGCAAAGAUGACAAAUACAAUUCGUGCGUCAGCAGAAGGAACCCGCGGACGCCGCUGUCAGACCUGCAGGGCACAAACACGCUCAGCCAGAAACUGACCAGGGACGGGUUCUCGGGCUGUAACGUCCGUGGCUCGAGGUCCGAGCGCGUCUCCUCGUUCUCCUCCCACGAAGAGGAGGGAAUCUUUGUGAACUCGGUGAAUAACAAGCUUCUGGAGCGAGCGCAGGGCAUCCUGAUGCGAAACAAGAACUACAAGAUAAAGCCCAGCCUCCCGAAGCACCUGCUGGACGUGAAAUCUCUGAAGUAUCUGAGCUGCCUGACGCUUCACGACCGCAUAACCAAAUCACUGCUGCACCUGCACAAGAAGAAGAAGCCGCCCAGCAUCAGCGCUCAGUUCAACGUGUCGCUGAACAAGCUGAUGGAGACGCUGGGACAGUCGGAGCCGUACUUUGUGAAAUGCAUCCGGUCGAAUGCGGAAAAGCUUCCUCUGCGCUUCAACGACGCGCUGGUGUUGAGACAGCUGCGGUACACUGGGAUGCUGGAGACGGUGAGGAUACGGCAGUCCGGAUACAGCGUCAAAUACAGCUUUCAGGAUUUUGCUCAUCAUUUCCAUGUGAUGUUACCCGCUGGAUUUCACGCCACUCAAGCGGCCAUCAGACAGUUCCUGCAGAACUCAGACCUCGAGCCCAGCGGGUAUCAAGUGGGCAGAAACAUGGUGUUUUUGCGGGAGCAGCUGCGUCAGAGGCUGCAGGACGAGCUUCAUCAGGAGGUGUUGAGGAGAAUCGUGUGUUUGCAGAGGCGCUUCAGGACGCAGCAGGAGAGAAAACACUUCUGCCGUCAGAGACGAGCCGCCCAUGUCAUUCAGCGCUGGUGGCGUGACUGUUUGACUCGCGCAGACGAAGGCGCGUGUGACUCUGAGCUCCAGCAGGGGGCAGCAGUGUGUGUUCAGGCGGCCUGGAGAGGCUACAGAGAGAGACGUCAGUACCUGCAGCAGAAGAGAGCGGUGCUGCUCAUCCAGAGACGCUGGAGGAGAUUCCUCCAGAGGCGCGAGAGAGCGGCAGGCCUCAUACAGGCCGUCUGGAGGACGCACAGACAGAGACACAGAUUCCUGCAGCAGCGCAGGGCCGCCGUCACGCUACAGGCCGCCUGCAGGGGGCGCCAGGCUCGCCAGAGGUGCCACACUCUGCGAGAGCAGCGACGUGGAGAGAAAACCCUCAAUGAUGAAGAGCAUCCAAACACUGUGACCAAAAGUUUACACGUCUCUCAAAACACAACUGUAGAGCUGUCAGAGAAGUUUGAGGAGGUACAGGAAAAGCAAUCCACCGAACCUCCUAGAAUCGUUGACGACAGCACGCUGAAGAGCCGAUCCAAACGAGAAAGCAGGAGGCAACGGGAACUCGAGCAGGCUACCUUCAGUUUAGAGCUGCUUAAAGUCAGAUCCGGUUCAGUGUCAAACUCUGAGCCAUCUCAAAUAAUCGACUCCACGCUUCCCGCUCAAAUCCCUCUCUCCAAACAUCGUCCUUCCUCUCCUCAGGCCUCCACAGAUAGCCAGGAAAGCUUCGAGCUCCUCCACACUGAGGAGUUGGCCACGUCCGAAUGUCAAGUUUCCGAACCCGAGCCAAUGGAGGAGAACCAAACCAGCCCGCCGUCCUUCAAACCCCACUUCUACAUUGCCGAUGAUGACGGCAGUCCGCUCAAAAGUGCGCCGCAGACGCCGACCCGCACCGAGAAGAAGGAGUCAGUGGUGGUCAUCAUCAGCAUGCAGAAGGAAGACCCUGUAGACCAGAGCAGUCUAGAAGCUCUGGAAAGACUCGAGAUGGAAACGGAGGAGAUCCAGCAGGAAUCGCUCUCGAAUGGAGCGUCUGCUCUGGAUCAUCCAGAUGUACAAUUGACCCCUGAACCUCAAACCAAUCAUGGCUUGGUCACUUCAACCUCCUCCAAACCCCUCCAGCUGGACUUGAGGGGAGCAGCGGCAGUGACUUCAGAGCCCAUGAAGGACGUUCAGAAGAAGAUUGUUUCUCAAAGCAUCAGCAUAAGUAUGAAAGAGAAAGCUAAUCUGGCCUUCUCUCCCAAACGCAGCCGUCUCACCUUCUCCAAGUCGGACAAAGACCUGGUGAAUCAGGAACGGUCACUGGCGAUCCAAAGAGAAGCGGGAUUCAGAUCACUAAAAAACAGAGAGGUGACCGGAGCCGGUCGUAAAAAGAAAGCGCGCAUGGCCGGGACGCGCUCUGAUUUCCUGACCCGUGCCUGUAGCACGGAGGUCGAUUCUGAUGAUGAUGAGGAUGACGAAUACGAGUACACACCUGUGCUCUCUCACACCCUGCCUCUCCCAGAAUCCCCCAGUUCACCUGACACCGACCCGGCCUGCCACAGCGACUCCGAGAUGUCGUCUCAGAAAGAGCAGAAGAGGAUCCAGAAGACCAUGUCCUCAGGGGACCUUGGGAAAAUGGAUUCGCUCAGGAAGUCCAUGUCGCACACAGAUAGCAGGGUCAGAGGCAAAAUGCGCUUCUGGAGUAAGAGCAAACAUGGAGAUAAGAAGGUGUCCAGCAGGGGGCGCUCAGCUGACUCAGAGCUCACCGAUGGGAGGAACGACUCUCCUCCUGGAAGCCCUGAGCAUGCUGGUCUAUCUGAGCGCGGACGGGACAGCAAGGAGAACCGCGAGCCGAUGAUGGGAAUGAUGUCGAUGAAGAGGAGACGCAGUUUGAAGAUCAGCAGCGUUUCUCUAGAACCUUCAGCCUGGCAGAACGACUCCCUGCACAUCCUCACCAGCACCGCAGACUAUCGCAGCAUGAACGACUUCCUCAUGAAGAAGAUCGGCGAUCUAGAAGCUGAAGACGGUCAGAAGGACACACCUGUGGACAAGGUGUUCAAGAAGGCCCUGAAAGAGUUUCGCCUCAACAUCUUCAACUCAUACUCUACUGCUCUGGCUAUGGAUGAUGGCAGGAGCAUUCGUUAUAAAGAUCUCUAUGCUCUGUUUGAGCACAUUUUGGAGAAGAGCAUGCGUCUAGAGCAGAGAGACUGGAGCGAGUCACCUGUUAAAGUCUGGGUCAACACGUUCAAAGUCUUCCUCGAUGAGUUCAUGACCGAACACAAGCCAAUGGAUGGAACCAUUAGUAAGGCUCCUAAACCUGAGAGAAAGAAGAGGAGGAAAAAGGAAUCAGACACUGUGGAAGAGCACAUGGGUCACAUCUUUAAAUCCACUCAGUACAGCAUCCCGACCUACUGCGAGUUCUGUUCUUCUCUCAUCUGGAUGAUGGACAAAGCAUGUGUCUGCAAGCUCUGUCGCUAUGCAUGCCACAAGAAGUGCUGUCUGAGGAUGACUACCAAAUGCAGUAAGAAGUUUGACCCCGAGCUGUCUUCACGGCAGUUUGGCGUCGAGUUGUCUCGUUUAACGAGUGACGAGAGAGCCGUCCCGCUGGUGGUGGAGAAACUGAUCAACUACAUCGAGAUGCAUGGCCUCUACACCGAGGGCAUCUACCGGAAGUCUGGGUCCACCAAUAAAAUCAAAGAACUCAAGCAGGGACUGGAUACCGAUGCGAACAGUGUGAGUUUAGACGACUACAACAUCCAUGUGAUCGCGAGUGUCCUGAAACAGUGGUUGCGUGACCUUCCUAACCCCCUCAUGACCUUUGAACUUUACGAGGAGUUCCUCAGGGCUAUGGGUCUGCAGGAUAAACGUGAGGUGGUUCAGGGGGUUUAUUCGGUCAUUGAUCAGCUCAGCAGAACUCACCUGAACACACUGGAGAGACUCGUAUUCCACCUGGUCCGGAUCUCAUUCCAGGAGGAAACAAACCGCAUGUCUGCAAACGCGCUGGCCAUCGUGUUUGCACCCUGCAUACUGCGCUGUCCCGACACCACUGACCCGUUACAGAGCGUCCGGGACAUCGGCAAGACCACUGCGUGUGUGGAGCUGAUCAUCUGCGAGCAGAUGAGGAAAUAUAAAGCUCGUCUGAAGGACAUCAACACGUUGGAGUUUGCAGAGAGCAAAGCCAAGAGUCGCCUGACGCACAUCCGCCGCUCGAUGAAACCAGUACUAAUUGCAGUUAGGUUUAUUGGCAUUACAAGAACUGCCACCCUGCCAAACACAGUUAAAAAGGGUAAGGCCCGUUUACGCAAGAGCGGUCGCCACACGCCCUCGCCGCCCUUGAGCCCUCGGAUGGCAGAAAGGGAGGAGUCGGGUGAGGAGGGGGCGGAGUCUGGGCUGAGUGAGCAGCAGCAAGCGGCCAUGCAGCAAGAAGAGAAAGUUUUGACUAUGCAGAUAGAAAACCUGCAGAAAGAGAAGGAAGAACUAACCUAUGAGAUGUUGGCUUUGGAUCCAAGAGCAUCCGAUGAUGAGAUGCUGGAGUCGGAAGCAUCUAUCGGAACAGCAGACAGCUCGGAAAACCUCAUGGAGUCAGAAGGUGCCAUGUCCGAUCAAUGGGUGUCAAACGUCUCCUUUUUAGAAAAAAACCCUGGCGCGGUGUCGGCAACACGCUGGAGGAAGUCCGAGUCCAAAAGCAGACGUGGUUUACGGCGUCAGCCCGAAUCUCUGGACUCUGUGGACUCUGCCGUAGCCUCGCUUUCCUCCGUGUCGUCCACACCUCACUAUCGGUUCCGUUCAUCCUCUUCCGGGCCUCUGUUUUCCUCCGCCUCUCCUGGCGGGGACUUGCACAUUCUCCCUGACCAGGAGGGCUCAGAACAGGCUUCCCUGACUACCCGAUGUGCCUCCAGCUCAGAGAAAACCCGUCCGCGGCCCAGAGGGAACCGAAGCUGCCCACCAAAGUCCCGCGAGCCGGGGGAAGGUGGCGGCCGCAGGAGAGAGCAUGAAUUUGGUUCUUCUCAGCCUUUAGUGCUGUACGGGAGUAAUGAAUUUAUGGUGUGACCAUGAUGGUGUCUGACAUUAGCUGGAGCUGGUAAAGCAGAAACACCAAUACAUUUCUGAAUAACAUUUGAAGUGAAAGAGAAAAGCUUGGAAAUCAACCACCACAGCCUUUCACUGCAGUCGCCCGUCCUUCCAGUGAACAAAAUGUAAGGAAGGAAGAAUGGUGUAAAAAUGAACGCACCCAUAAUCUACGACCUACUGACUGUAAAGUGGACCUGCUGGACCGGUCCGUUUUUCACAACAGAUUCUAAGAAGAGUUGAACAGGGAAAGAUUGAUUUUUAAUCAACCUGUGAUGUCCAUUUUCAUGUUUACAGAACUGAGCCAAUGAGAGGUCACAUGACUUCAACUGACUGCAUGCCGUAUUGCUACCAUUUUGUUUUCACUCUAUGAUUAAAACCUUUGAUAAAGUGCUAAAUAUGUAAAAUAAUAUUAUAUUAUUGAUAAGGGUCGAAUGAAUCGUGUAAAUAGCUGAAAUCCCUGUGCUGCUGGUUGACCCGUGUGAAAAUAACGACUUUUUGUGUUGCAGAUCGAAAACUUGUGUGAAUCUGGUGUCCGUGUCUGUAUGUUGAGUUUCUUAUGGGUGAGUCUGACAAAAACGCACAUGGUCCAGGUCUUAUUUCUUUCCUAAACAGUUCUGUUGCAUAAACCAAACAAUAUUUGUUUUCUUUAUGCAAAAUCAUUUUGAUUCUGGGGUGAAAUCUGACCCGGACAUGUACUAGUGAGAUUCAUCCACGUUUUUCUUUUUUUCCCUUUUAUUUUGGUUCCAGAAACACGUUUUCCCUUCAGAUGAAAAAUCAAAAGGAUGAAUAGGGAUGAAAAGUCAGAUGUGCGUAACCUCAAAUGUGUUUGUCCCAUGAUUCUUUGCUGUAGUUCCAGUCGCUGUUGUUCGUUUCAUCCUUUUUUUUUUCAUCAGUGUUAUGUGCAACAAAAUCAGGACUUGAAAAUAUUUUUGUCUUUUUUUUUUGUAAAUUGCUUUUUUAAAGUAUAUUGUGUUUUAUACAUGCUGAUAUUUUAUUGUAAUUCGAGUAUAUAAAUAUUAUAUUUUUUGGUGUAAUGUUCCACUGUGCCAUCCGGAGUCACAUAUUUAGUUCUUUGGGCCACAACAUACUUUUUGGUUAAAAUUUUUAAAUUUUAUUUUAGGGCUAGAUUAUCACAAACAUCUAUAACAGGGUCCUCUGCUGUGUUUUUUUUUUUUUUUUUUUUUUACCCUUUAAUCUGACAUUAACAUGGCCAUUUAUAGUAGUUAAAUUCAAAAACAAGGACACAUAACAGCAAAAAGCUCAAAGCUUUAAUAUAAACUAUAGUAAGUUUACACAGUGAACAUUGCUGUUUAUGUGCAGGGAAUCUGUCUCCAGAAGCUGUUUACUCCUUUUUGAUGUGCUGUUACAGAUAUCUAUGUCUAUAUUUAUGUCAUAUCAUAGCCUGUUGCAAGAAACCAUCACCAUGGUGCAAUGUCACUAAAGACUUAAGCUAUGUUUUUAUGUUUUGAGAAGUAUACGUAGGUACUAUCUUAACCUUAAGUCCACUAAUACUCAAAAACUGGCGGGAAGAAGGAAACGGUUGUUUGUUGCGUCCUGCAUAAGUGAAUGUAAUCACUGUAGCAUGCCACACUAUUGUCAAAGUUUCUCUUUUACAGCCACUGUAUUUAAGACCAUGUUUAAGGCCAGAAACAUACUCUAUGCAAAUACGCAAACCCGAAUGCAGUUCCGUACAUAUUUAACAUGCAUUACUGUGGCUUUAGUACUUACCUUCAGAUGUCUGUCGUGAAACCGGAUUUAGGUAGCUAGCUAUAAACAUGCUGACAGUCUAAUGUUAACUUAAUUAUCGUCAAACUGUCCCUCCACUGAGGUAGUUGACGUGAAAGAAAAAAACUGACCGUUAUGCUCUAAGCGCGCUCUUCAGAACGCAAGGCACGUGACCAUGCGUAGCUAGAAGCGUGUGCGCUCACGCACUUGAGUAUGUUUCGGGCUGUAUGUUUAAAAACAAGGGAUGUAAUAUCUUGCGUAUGACGGUUAUUUUAUGCUGAAUGAUCCUGCGCUGUGUGUUUUGAUGGACUGAGACAGUCUGCAAACAAAUUUGUGCUUUCUAACUUUGUGUUUGUGCUCUCGUGAGCGCAGUUGUAAACGGUGCAAUUUGUGUAAGAUUUCUUUAAUGUGUAAAUCAAUGUGUAAGGAUGUAAAAAGAAAAAUGAACAUAAUCAUUGUCUUAUUAAAAAAGAAAGAAAAUAAA